AUGGCUCAGUUCGUCCGCAAUCUCGCGCAGAGGGCCCUGGAGAUGGUGAACGCUGCUGUGACUUACUCGAAGCCUCUGUUGGCCACAUUUUGGCACUAUGCCAAGGUUGAGCUGGUUCCUCCAAGCCCUGCUGAAAUCCCUACAGCUAUUCAGAGCUUGAAAAACAUAAUCCGGAGUGCUAAAACUGGUGCCUUCAAGCAUCUUACAGUUAAGGAAGCAAUGCUGAAUGGUUUGGUGGCCACUGAAAUAUUGAUGUGGUUUUAUAUUGGCGAGAUCAUAGGCAAGCAUGGCAUCUUUGGCUAUAAUGUUUGA